UCCAGCUCCCCAUUCACGGCCGUGUCUGCAUCCCAUCUGGCGGGCGGCGCUCCGGCUCACCUUUAAAUAAUCCAGGCCUUGCCCAGUUCCUUGCCUCCCGUCUUGUCUUGCCAUUGUCCUGUCUCGACUCGCCUCGCCUCGCUCUCGUCUCGUCGAACAAUUGCUCGCCGUUGUCCUUCACACCGGACCCAGCUUAGCCCGCAGUCCGCAACCGCUCUCCACGCUGGCCGAGCUGCAGACGGCACGUCGCUCCAGUCGUCGCCACUGCUGCGUCUCCCUCCUCACCGAACCAAGCAAAAAAUCGCGCCUCUCCCAGUCGACGUCUCGUGCGUAACCCGUGCGUGUUUCGUGCUCAGACCUGGAAAGCUGAAAGGCCCUUGGUAAGUGAAGCCAAGUUGUGUCAUGAUCCAAUUGUGUUCCAUCAUCGCGGCCAACCACCUCGGCUGGGCGCACUAAAAGCGUUCCAAGCCGGCGGUUGUGGUCCUGCCACAGAACUUCUGCUCCUCCUCCACCACGACCACCGUCACUUGCGCCUGACUCUGCCUCGCGCUUCACUCUCCCAGCCAUUGAAACCUCAAUUCGCAUCCAUUGAUCCUUCUUCCACUGUCUCGCCCACGCCCAUCUGCGCAUAUAUCCGUCUCCAAGCGUGCGAGCCGUUUUGCUGAUUAUUUGUUGCUGCUUCCCCAGCAACCGACCUAAUUCGCUCAUCCACGGAAAGCGAACCAAGCUCCAACCCGCUCUUCCUUCCCCAAAACACUCCACAUCUCAAUCACAACACAACACACCACGCCGUCGCCAUGCUCUACUCAAGGCUUUUCGUCUCUGCCUCUGCCCUCGUCGGCAUGGCUGCCGCUGUCACCAACUUCACCACCUGCUGCCAGGUUGACCCCACCACCGUGGAUGCGCCCACGCGAGCCUCAUGGUGCCGUGCUCAGAUGAACACUUGCCCCGAGCUGUGCACGAACGGCCAGACUAACAACAACACAUGUGACAGCACGAACCUGACGUACGACUGUACGUGCGCGACAGGCAACACCCCCAACAUCUCGGACUACAUGCAGACGCUGCCCUCGCUCGAGUGUGAGGAAUGGGUAGCCCAGUGUACGCUCGCCCACCCCAACGAUCUUGCCGGCCAGACCUUCUGCCAGUCAUUCAUCUGCGGCUCCAAGAACGGCUCUGCCCUCGCCGUGUCCGCCUCCAGCUCGGCCUCAGCCAGCAGCAGCGCCACCGCCAGCGCAACCGCCACCACCUCCUCGGGUGCGGCCAAGAGCUCGAGCGCGGCCGUCGCGGCGCUCAACCUCGGCAAGCAGUACGGCACCCAGGCCAUAGCGGUCGGCUUGCUCGCCGUCUUCGGUCUCGGUCUGUAGAGUCGGCGCGCCCUGGGCCCUCCCGUCCUCGCGCAAUUGAAGGACGGUCAACGGCAUAGACAUAGGAGCGAUUUAAGAUCACGGAUACAAGUAUGGUGCAGCUGUGGGGUGGGCGGUCUAUGCGCGGGUGUGACGAAAGGAUGACAAUACGAACCGUGGUUUCAUGUGAUAUCCCGGCAUCGGUGUUUACAAUGGGCAGAGAGAGAAAAGAGUGAGCUUCUUCUUGAUCUGCUCGCCCUUUGUUCUUGACUUUUUUUAUCCCCUCCCCCUUUCUUCUUAAUCCCACUCGCCCCUCCCGAUCUCCAACCAGUCUCCCCAUCUUCCCCCUUUGCCCUCGCGGAAGAGGUCAAAUAUUUUUGCUUCCCCACAUCACAUCAUCCAUCACAUCAUCUGGCGGUGGCGAAGACUAUUCACCUGGAUGUCUUCACCAUCGCCACCGCCGCCGUCAAUCACGCCCCACACAGACAAGUCUCCGCGGAUGCUGCGAGCAUGAUUUAUUGUUUCGGCCCUCCUUUGACGUGGGCCAGAAGGACGGGGAGAGGACGAAAUGAGAAGGGAGAUGAUUUUCUUUUCUUUCUGAUGAGGGCGAGCCAUGGAGAGGAAUUUCGGGUCAUGCGGCACGUACAUGUACACGACGAGGGUGGCUUUUUUUGUACGAUGGCAGUCACGAGCGUUAUGCGAGUAACAUGCAGGAAGAAAAAGAGGAAUCUUGAAAUUGAAUUUUUUUUUUUGCCGGUGCUUUAUUUCGAAGACAAGAUAGAUUACGAAGGGGAGGCCAAAUUUCUUAAAUCUUUUCGCCCGGAAAGCCCCAACUCGGGUCGUGCGCAAGUAACGCUCCUUUCAGCGCCCACAGGGCUAUCGCGAUGCUUUGACGAGCCCCCUUGUUUACCAUUUUUUUU